AUGACGGGGGCCGAGCGGGAUGCCGCUGCACAGCGCGAUCCAAGGCAAGUCUGGGCAAGAACGGGUCUCAACGGCGGCCAAGGGGGCCAAGGGCUGGACUAUCUGCAGGCGGGCGCACAAGCAAUGCAACCUGGAGCGCUUGGCGGGGCUAUUCGAGCGUGCGACCCGGGAGGGCGGCGGGUGUGGGACCGGCAUGCUCAUGCGGGACCUCUCCCUCCGGCACGGCUGGGGCUGCUGAGUCCGUCAUCAAAGACCUCAACCAGUCCCGCCAUCUUAACAGCAACAAAAACCCCUCCGGGAUCCCCGCCUCCCCUGAAAAAUCUUCCUCCCCUCGAUAAACAGAAAGACGACGUUGCAAGUCCGAGCUUCUCCUCGCUAUCUACGAGCUCGGCCAAUGCUUCCUGCGCGGCUGGGGGAGCAAGAAGGAUAAACAGCUUUUCCGUGAUCAAUUACUUUGAGUUGGCGGCAAAGCUGGGGGGGGGGGGGCUGGGGCUCUGCAAAGCCAAUGGCAAGGGCACCAAGAAGGAUCUCAAGCUGGCAGCCAAGUAUUACCGGAUGGCAGCCAACCAGGGCAUGGAGAUGAUGGGCUCGCAGUGGGUCUGGAAAGACAAGGUCCGUCCCUCCCCCUCCCUCCCCUCCCAGUGA